CUAAAAUGAUGGGCUUUUUGUAUCAGUUUUCAGAAGGUACCAUAUGCCAACAUUCCCUAUUUUCCAGAUUAUGAUUUCUCAUAUAGACUCCUAGAAAUGAGAAACGAAGAUCAAUUCCUAUAGUUCUAAUAAAGGCUUACAAAGAGGCACUGUCAGGGUAAUGAAUGUGGUUAGUUGUAUUGCGCUGUAAUAACAAGACAAAAACAAAAGUUGCUCUGGUUUUGGUCUGACAUGCCAAUAGGUUCUAUUUUCACAUUUUUCUACCUGGUAAGUCCAUUGAAUAAGAACUGUUGGCGGUGGGAGCACCUGGGUGGCUCACUGGGUUAAGCAUCUGCCUUUGGCUCAUGAUCUCAAAGUCCCAGGAUUGAGCCCUGCAUCAGGCUCCUCCCUCAGAGGAAAGUCUACUACUCCCUCUAACACUCCUCCCUCUCGUGCUCAAUCUCUGUCUCAAAUAAAAUAUUUAAGAAAACAACACUAUUUUGGGGGCUCCACUCAGAAUCAUUGACAUCCCUGCCUUUUGCCUCCCUGCUUCCCCAGAGGAGACUGGGGAAUUUUUCCUGAUCUGGGUUUGGGUCUAGAGAAAUCCUUAGGUGACAGGGAUAUGAGGCAGGAAAAGCAGUAGCUAGAAAGGGCGAUGGCCCAUUUGUCAGCAUGGGGCAAAGGUGAGGGGGGAAAGUCUGUGCCAGGAACAGGUGGAUAAAUAUUUUUGAACAUAUGUCCUUCACUGUUUUCAGAAAGGCCAAAUUUUUUUUGGCUGGGGUGUAGAGAAGGUGAACUUUAGGAAGCUGUCACUCAGAUUAGAGAAGCACUGAGGAAAGCACGGGUUUGGACCAUCUUGUUCCUCCGGCUUGUUUCUUUCUGGAGCAGUGUACUCUGUUUCAGAUAUGUGUGGCCUCAGAUUCAUCAUGAUACAAGUUGAACUGUUUUUUUGCUACCUCCUGCUGCACCCUGUGGAUGUCAUUUCACAUGGAAACUGGACAAACAUUCCCUCAUCUUUGAGAUCCUGGACACCUUCCUCAGACUCCUUGUCCUGCCAGACUCUGCUCCCAAAGUCCCUGCCUGGCUUCACCUACAUGGCUCCUCUGCCCAAGUUCCUGGUGGGCUUGCCACUGGUGAUUGCCCUGGAGAAAGCUGGUUGCCAGGCUGAUGUCUGGCCCCUGCAACUUCAGCUGUACCGUCAGGGGGGUGUAAAAGCUACACAGAUCCUCAUCCGACAUCUUCAAGAACUCCAGCAAAGGAGAAGCACGGGAAGGGCAGUUUCCAUGGAUGCCCUGGCCUCUGCUCUACAGCUGUUGGCCAGGGAGCAACCAGGCCCAGAAAGGGCUCGACGCUCCCUUCCUAUCAAUGACUGUGAGCAGGAGCAGGAGGAAAAUGUGCAUAAUGUAGUCCGGUUGUUUCCAGUAGUGGGAACCUACUACAAUCUGGGCACAGCUUUGUACUACGCUGCUCAGAGCUGUUCAGACAAGGCCAAGGAACGAGGCCAAGAUGGGCUCGUAGACAUGGGUUAUGACCUUCUGAUGACCCUUGCUGGAUGGUCUGGGGGACCCACAGGAGUACUAAUCAGCUCCGCACUUAAACCUGCAGUGAAGGCUGGGAUUCAACAGUUGAUCCAGUAUUACUAUGAGCAAGAGGCCAACACGGCUCUGCCAGUGAUCAGCAGGAAGGCCUUGGGGGGUAUCUCAGAUGUGGGUGACCUAGAAGAAACAACUACCACGGUGCUUUGGUAUUAGUUCAGCUCUCUUAUUAGUUUAGGGUUUAUUUAAUAACUCUGACUUAGAUGCCGGAAAUGGUAGUCUUGGGAUAUAAAAGGUGGUGAUCACAGAAUGAAUAAAUCUAAUAUUUUGACAA